AUGAAAGAUCAAUUCUACGAUGCCCUUGAACGUGAGUUGCUGACGACCGAUAACUCGCUGGUUGGUGGUGAUUUCAACGGACACAUUGGCGAGGACAACUCAAGUUGCGAAAGUGUACAUGGUGGUUUUGGUUAUGGAAGCCAGAACAGUGACGGCGUCCGACUACUAGACUGUGCCAUGUCUGCACGACUGUUUUUUGCCAUCACUGCGCUCAAGAAACUACACACUCAGUUUGUGACAUUUAUGUCGGGCCGUAUUGCAACCCAGAUAGAUUAUAUUUUUUACAGAAAAGGCUCAAUCUCAUCUUUAAAGAAUGCAAAGACUAUUCCAGUUGGCAUCCAGCAUAAACUUGUUGUAGCUCACUUUACCAUGAAGAAAGUCCACAAACAAAGAAAAGUCAAGCGACAACCAAGGAUAAAGACUUGGAAACUACGUGAUCCAGAGACAAAGAAACUUUUCACUACUGAGUUUGCUGCGACACCUGAGACUACUACAUGGGAGGAGCUUAAGAACAACCUGUUCGAGGUAGCACAAAAUGUUUACGGUGUUUCUCGAGGACAUGCAGCUUCACGUGAAACUUGGUGGUGGAACCAAGAAGUAGAAGAAGCUGUGAGAAUGAAGAAACAACUGUUCAAACAGUGGCGCAGAAACAAAAACGAUGCAAAUCGGACAGAGUAUGCGAAUGUUAAACGUGCUGCAAAGCAUACGAUUUGUGAUGCUAUCAACAGUCAAGUAGAGCAAGCUAUUGCAGAAGCUGACUCUAUGAAGAUCUUCAAUAUAGCAAAGCAAAGGGUCAAGCAAAGACAAGACGUUGUCCGGCACGAAUUGCUUGAAGGAUGCAGAAGAGAAACUUCAAACUAA